AUAUAUUUUAACCAUUACAGCAGCAUAGUUACCAAACGUCGACUUCAUUCACAAAACUGAUUCGAACAUUAACAUGGACUUUCCCAAAUCUUCUCCAAUUCGAAAAACUAUUCCGAAAAUUGCGAGUGGCGAGCGACUUCACAUAAAAGGAGGUCGAAUUGUCAACUCUGACUUGACAACCAAAGCUGACAUCUUUGUUGAAAAUGGAGUUAUAAGACAGGUUGGUAAUGACCUCACAAUCCCCGGUGGUGUGACGUGUAUCGAUGCUACUGGUGCGCUUAUUGUACCGGGUGGUAUUGAUCUGGCUGUCGAAUUCGAUAAUAACCCAGUGCUGGAUGACGUCACUGUUAAUGACGUCACGUCGGUCGAUAAUUGCUACAGCGCAUCAAGAGCAGCCCUGUUGGGUGGGACCACCACUAUAGUUAGUUUCUCAACGGGCGAAAAAGGGAAACUAGUUUCUUCAUUCAAUAAAAAAUCCGAAGCCUGCGAAGCUAGCUGCUGUGACGUCAGUUUACACGUAGAUGUGACGUCAUGGGAUGAUGACGUCAAAGAAGCGAUGACGAAACUGUCAAUCAAUCACGGAGUUAAUACGUUCAGAGUUUUUAUGAGUGGGCAGUGGCAACUAACAGACGAAGAGUUGUACGAUGUCUUGAAACACAUUAGAGAGAUUGGAUGCGUCGCUCUUGUUCAUGCUGAGAAUGGUUCAAUAAUAAAGAAGGAAGGAGAGAGAUUACUUGCAGAGGGGAAUGUGUUGCCAGAGAAUAUAUUAAAGUGCAGAAACGAAAAGUGGAGCCUUACAGUUUGUGUCGAGCGGUCACAGUGUUUACAACGAUCACGAUAAAGUUAAACUGGGGAGAAAAAACUUCAUGAAAAUUCCACCAGGAACAAAUGGUGUUUAUGAACGCAUGAUGGCAGUAUGGACCACUGGGGUGGAAAAAGGCAAAAUUGAUGAAAAUCAAUUUGUUUCGUUGACCAGCACCAAUGCUGCGCGGUUCCUUAAUCUGUAUCCUCGUAAAGGCAGAAUUGCAGUUGGAUCUGAUGCCGACCUGGUGGUGUGGAAAGUUAACGAAGCUCUCUCAUUGGCUGAAACUGCUUCUGAGUUCGCUGUAACAAAACCAGACUGCACCAGUGCGUUCGAAGGUGUUGAAAGUAAAGGGCGCCCUUCAGUGGUUGUGGCACAUGGAAAAGUUGUCUACAAUGACGGACAGAUUAGCGUGGUUCAAUCCAUGGGAGAUAUGGUUGAACGACCAGUUUGUUCGCCUUCAAUUUACAACCGUUUAACAACCAAAGAUGCACUUCACAAAACUCGCACUGCACCAACUCCGGACUCAGCACUUUUUCGUGGCAUCAAUGGAAUUGUCACUGACAACACAGGAGCUAACAAAGUGACAACUCCUGAGCGAUUUUCCAGAGGAUCUGGUCACAGAGCUAUGCACCAAUCAGGAUGGAGUUUUUCAGGGGGUCAGGCGGAAGAUAGUUCACGACCAAGCUCUCGUUUCUCCAACCCACCAGGAGGCCAAUCCCAUAUCAGUUUAACGUAAUUGAGUUAAAAUGAAAUUCAUUAAAAUGAGAUAUUUAUAAUAAGUUUGCACAUAAUUGUUUGCUUGGUGAAAAAGUAAUGAAGCAGGAAAAUUCAAACCAUAAAGUUUUCGCUGUAAAUUUGUUGUUGUCGAAAUAAAACAAUUCGUGAUA